GGACUUCCUUGAAAACUUCUGUUGGAUGGCAGCUGCACCUAGGUGACACGUAACUAAAAUUAAAGGUGCAGUAUAGGCCGUGUUUGCUCAUAUUUCUUAUCUGGUUUUGAAGUUUGCAAGGAAUAGGUAGUUGCAUUACAAUCUAAAUAUCUACAUAGUUUUUACUACACUGGAUCGCAAGGAAGAUAAGUAUUGUCAGGCAGUUAUUUCAUUCAUUUUCUCUUAACUUGAGGGAAGUUAAGUCGUUGCGUUUCCAGUGUAGGUAAAUCAUGGUCUAAGCAAUUUUGUUAAGUAGCUUACUUUUCUGCGCAUAAACGGUCACCUCGUUAAAAAUGCACAACGUUUUUUGUUAAGUGCACGAAGGAAUGCGCGUCCCGUCGUCAUUCACGCUGGAUCCACACUGAUAAGGUCUGAGGUAGGCUACAAUAUUUUCAAUCAGAGGAGGAGAACGACGGGCAAAAAGUUUGGAAAAGUUUCAGUGGAGUUGCGGCGACAGACUGCGAAGGGUUAGCGACGCAGCCAUGGGCAACGGGGUGUGCUCUCGAAGACAGAGAAAGAUCUUUCAGUCUCUCUUAGCCAUCACUGUAAUCUUCGGAAUGAUUUACGGAGGUAUGGUCUCGUAUGAAAUGCACAAACAGCUGAAAAGGACCGAGGCAUUAGCGCUCAAGUACCAGCAGCAUCAAGAGUCUCUCUCGGCACAGCUUCAAGUUGUGUACGAACACCGCUCUCGACUGGAGAAGUCCCUCCAGAAGGAACGCGUGGACCACAAGAAAUCAAAAGAAGAUUACUUGGUGUACAAGCUGGAGGCCCAGCAGUCUCUGAACAAGGAGAAGCAAGAUUCCAGCAACAGAUACAACUCGCUGCAUGUCCAGCAUCAGAUGCUGAAGAAUCAGCAUGACGACCUGAAGAAGCAGUUCUUUGACCUGCAGGAGCAGCACCAUGUCCAGGGGGAGGACCACAGCAAAGUCCUGGACGAGCACAAGCAGCGCUAUGACCAGCUGCAGCAGACCAAGGAGAUCGAGCUUUCCAACCUGAAAGAGAGCGUAUAUAACCUGCGGGAGGAGAACCGCCAGCUGAGGAAGGCCCACCAGGAGAUCCACGUCCAGCUGCAGGAUGCGCGGCAACAGCACAAGGACUUAAGGUCGUCACACGACAAGCUUACAAUGGUGCUUGAGGACCACAAGAGUGCCCUGGCGGUUGCCCAGGCCCAGGUGGACGAGUACAAGCAGCUGAAGGAGACUCUAAAUAAGAUGCCCAGCCUGCAGCAGGCGCACGGUCCAGCUGCCCCAGCUCCUGCUGGCCAGAACCAGAAGCCCCCCCACGAGGAGGAGCCAGCCGAGGACACCCAGUCUAAGCUGCGGGACCAGGAGGAGGAGGGGGGUCAGAAUGAGGUAGGAGGUGCAGCGCAGGAGGAGGAGAGGAGGAAGGAGCUGGCGGAGGAGGAGAUGGAGCAGGCCGGUCAGCCACAGAAACUGGUGGAGGACCUGGACCAGCAGGAGCAGGAGCACGAGGGGCAGGAGGUGGUGGAGGAGGAGGAGGAGGAGCAGCCAGACGAGAACGCCAUCCACCGAGAGCAGCACCCGAGACUGGAGGAGGAGCAGGCGGUGGCGCGGGUGGCGCGGGCGAAGUCGGCGUACGAGCAGCAGCAGGAGCAGCAGCGCGUGGCGGCGCAGCAGGCGGAGGAGCGGCGGCGGCUGCAGCUACGUCAGCAGGCCCUGGAGCAGCACCAGCAGCAGCUGCAGAGAGAGCGGCAGGAGCGCCUGCGCCUGCAGAGGGAGCGCGAGGAGCAGCUGCACCGCCAGGCUGACCAGCACGAGGAGCGCCUCCGCCAGGAGCAGCUCAGGCAAAAAGCCCACUAUGAGAAUCUGGAUGCAGACAUAGUCCAGGGGGAGGACGAAGGGAAGGUCGAGGAAGAUGAAGAGAGGAACGUCCACGAGGAGGAGGGCAAGCAGGAGGAAGGCCAGGAGAGGCAUCAGGAGGAGGAGGAGGAGGAGGAGAGGCCAGUGGAGACAGAUGUGGACCCUGAGGACGAUCCCAACAACCAGGGGGAGGACGAGUUUGAGGAGGCUGAGCAGCAGCAGCAGAAGGAGGCGGCGGCCGCUGCCGCCGCCGCCGGACACCCCCAACCUCUGGCCCCCAACAGCAAGCACCAUAACCCCGCCGACGAGCAGCUUGUGGUGGCAGGCAACCCAGACCAGCAGGAGGACACCAUAGAUGACCAGUACCAGGAGGAAGGCGAUGAUGAGGUCCAGGAAGACGUGGCUGUUGAUCACAAGGAAGAGGUUGGGGAGGAGGAGGAGGAAGACCCGUACAAUGAGAACGCUGAGCAGGAUCAAGAAGCAAAAGAUCAGGAGGGAGCAGCAAAGGUGGACGCCGAGCCAAAUAAAGAUCGGGCGGCCAACGAAGAGGAGAACUAUGAGGAGGAGGAAGAUGAGGAAGAGGGCGGUGGAAAAAACAAACGGACCAAUCGCAGAGCAGAGAUGUGAGAGGACGAGUUACCCGCCAGCCUGCCAUUCCCAGCAGAGGGGCCAUAAUGAACCUCUUCAUGCUUUAGUCCUGAAUGAAUGCGAUGUGGAGCACAGAGCAUGGAAUUCCAGCCGGAAUAAUGAGAUCCGCUGGGAACGGAUCCGUAUUGCCCUUCACAUGGGAUUGGAACUCCUCUGUGUCGCCAUGGAGAUGGACAAGCCACCCACUCACAGUGAAAAAAGUAGUUUAAAUAUUUUGGUCAGAUUGUCUGAUAUGCCUUUAUAUCUCAGCAUUGAAACACUGUUUAAAGUCCAUAACAAGGGGUCAGCCAACUCCAAAGAAUGGUCAAACACGUCACAGAAUGUUGUCACUGGGAUUCCUGUGUCAGACAAGUUGUUACUGUUUCAAGUUCCAUUGUAGUUAUUUAAUUUUAAUCUUUACAUGCACAGCCAGUGUGUUAUUUUAAAUAUUUGUAGACAUUUUGUAAAUUGUUUUUUUUGUAAAUGUGCCAUGGAAAACCCAUUCUGACCUCUAAGGAAUGACAUUGUCUAGAUUUAAAGUCACGCAUGCUAGGGGCCUGGUAGUGUCAGGCUAGAGCUUAAAAAGUUAGGAUCUCCUCACACAUGGUAACACCAAAAUAUUCUGCUGAGGUCUGCAUUUGAUAUGAGACCUUCAAGCGCUUGUGCCUUUGCCUAGUUCUGAGUCGGGCCCUGUCUCACAUGGAACUCUGGGCUGCCUGCCCUUGAGCAUGUGAUUCAACCCUCAAAUUGAACUUUGCUGUUGAAAACUUUGUUCGAACUGAAUGUGUUAGAGAAUGCUGUCUAUCUUGCAGGGCUGGAGUGCAUUUAGACAUAGGAGAAAUGAGGUGAUUAAUUCACUUGAAAUCAGGCUUGUAUGUUAUUGAGACCUGAUGAAUGUAACACAUAACAUGUUUCUUUUAGUGUUUGUAUGCUUUCCUGUGUCUGAUGGCAUUGGAGGGUGAAAUAUGUUGCAGUAUGCGUUUGCCAAUCGUAUCCGUUGAUCUUAAUGUGUAGAUAAUAUAAAAAGCACCAUGACUUCAUUUUGCAUUUACUUUUUAUUCUAAAAAAAAUGUGAUAUUUGUAUUUAUUUGUCUGAUUAGUUGUUCUGGUUGCUUGGUUACUUCCCCCUAUAAAGACAAGGCACGCUUGCACUGAACCCAACAGAGAUUUGCUGGUUUAGCCACAAUGUCAACUGGUUUGGCCACAUGCACUCCCCCCCCCCCCCCCUUCCACCCUCUGUGUCCCACUGUGUCAUGUCCUCUCAGCUAAGGUGACCGUUUGCUAAUGCAUAAGCACAAACGUUACUUGCUAGAGUCAUUCAAAAAUAAAUGCCAGUGGGUGGAUGUGUCAGAAAGAUUCAAUUUGUAAUUUGGUACUUUUAUUAUAAUAUAAAUAUUGAUUGUCUUUGUGAAAUACUGACUUGUAUUCCUAUAUAUAUUAGGAUAUAUAGGAUAUUAGAAUAUUAGGACAUCCCACUGCUCAGCUGCCAUAUAUUUUACAGUCAAGUACAUUUGAAAGCGAGUGUGUGUUUAUAAUUUAAUCUUUGUCAUUGUAAGGCCCCUCACCUUGUUCUGUUAGAGUAAAACAAUGUUACUGAAGCUAUUCAACAAUCAUAAAUGUGUUUGCUGCAAAACACAGAUUUUAUACAUUGAUUUUUGUACAGAGUUUUCUUACAGAUGGAAAGACCAGAGACUUUCAGGUGGUAUGUGGUUGCAUUUAAAUGUGUCUUCAUAUAGAAGGUUUCACAUUUUGUUAAUAAAAAUGGUGAAGGAAUUGA